AUGGCAAAUUUGGCCCCCGCUCCCCCGCCAGUGACUCGCACGCAGCUCUCCAUCCAGCGGCCCUCGACCACGGCGCUGGACAGCAGCGACGAGGCGCGCACCGACACUUCCACGUCGCCCUCUAUGAACCCGACGCGCUCGCCCGCCAGCGACGCCAAGGACCGCGACGCCAGCAGCAGCGGCGGCCCCGCAGCAGCCAUCCCUUCAUCCUCGAGCUCCAGACGGAGGAAGGCCGACUCGGCCGCGGCCACGGGCGACGACAAGCCGCCCCCCAAACAGCGCAAGUACGAGCGUAAGACCAAGCGCUUCAUCUGGCCCGAUGACCUCCACCGCCUCUUCGUGGCCGCCAUCUUCGACGUUGGUCUCAAGAAUGCGUCCCCAAAGGCUCUACUAGCUUUGAUGGAGGCAGCCGGACCGAACUCAGGACUCACAACGGAGCACCUCAAGUCUCACCUGCAGAAGUAUCGGCUCAACUACGAGCGCUCUCGCAUGGAGUUUCUCGAGUAUUACGACCGCAGCGCCAAGCGCAACCUAAAGCGUCGCCGGCGGCAGGCUCAGCACCGGCCAAGCGGUGCAGGGGGCGAGGCCAACACCAUGUUCGUGUUUCCAAUCAGCAAUUCGAAGCGCAGGAAAGGGCAUGCCAGCGAUAGCGACAGCGAUGAUAGCGACUCGGACUCUGGCGAUAGCCAUAACAACGACAGCAGGAUGGAUGUGGAUUCAAAAGGUCAGGGAACGCCUCAGGGACGCCGUAGUUCUGUCGCGGAGGCACCUGCGCGUGGCCUCAACUACUCGCAACUCAUGCAAAGCGCACACCAAGAGCCACCGAUCGAUGGAAGUAGUCACCUGCGACCACAGCCUCACACACCAGAUGAGCGCAUGAUGAGUGCCGUUCCGAUACCGGUAUCGACAGGUUUGAUCCCCAUAGCCCCUCAGCACUUGCCGCCAGCCUACGCUGCGGCUCACGCCCAGAAGAGUACUGACCACGAUCGAGAAAUGGCAGCAGCGGCUGCUGUGGCCGCGUAUCGCUAUCCGUUAGGGCAGCUUCCAGCUGGAGCAGGAGUUGCAGGCAUGCCGGAGCUGUCUGACCCCCAGUGGAGCAUUAUCAACUCCCUCAUGUCGCCACAGCUUGCUGGCAUGACUGGGCCAGUGGGUGAAAGCGGUAUAUUUCCUCAUGCGCCCCAAGCUCAAGUUUCGACGAACGAGGCGGUGGCCCGAGGCGCGGAGGGUUUUAUGCUGCACGAGGAGCCAACCGAUCUGCAGAUGCAGAUGCAUCUCGCCAUGCAAGCCCAAAUGAACCUCCAUCGGCAGAUGCUAACCCGCAAGGUCGAGGUGGCGCAGCAUCUUGCCCGACACAGCAGCGUGGGGAACAUUGUUACCAGCUCUGUCCCUUCGAGCUCCAGUAGAGGCAAUCCACAAGUUGCUCAGUGGGCCAGUUCGCAGCAGCUUCAGCAGCAACAGCCGCAGCAAUACCAGCAACAACAACGACAGCAGCAGCAGCAAGAGCAAGAGCACUUCCAACAGCACAUGAAUCUGCUGUCCCGGCCGUCGUUAUCCGCCGCGACUUCAUCCACGCAGACAACGAGCGCAUCAACGGAUGUGAUCGCCGCUGGAGUUCCGACAGCUAGCGAAGCGAUGGUGGUGCCUGCGUCGACAGGCGAGGGCCAGCCCAGCGGGCCAGCCGCGACGGAAAGCAAUGCAACAGGAAUGGCAACGGAUAGCAAGAGCGAAGACGAUGGGAUGGAUCUGUACCGUUGGGAUCGGAUCGACCUGAACGUGGAGCUGGAUGACGAUGAUCUGUUUGGUUUCCUGAAGUCGUAA